AUGUCGGUGGACGACUGCUUCGUCCCGUUCCACUCUCCUCUCCGGGAGCCGACCGCCUACGACCGCUGGGGGAAGGGCCCGCAACCCUGCUGGUCGCAGCUCGAUCUGGACAAGUGCGCAGCGGGAGGCUCGCAAGGGCAAGGCGGCGCCGACAGGCGCAUCCUGCAGUUUCUGAACCGCCCCCUCGCCGUCCCCCCAAGGCGCCUGCCGCCGCCCCUUGGCCCGCUGCCCAAGCUCUCGGAGCCGCCCUCCCAGACCCAGCACAAGGAGAAUUUGCCAGAGGAGCCAAAGCAGCGCCACCCUGCUCAACCUGCAGUCUCAUCCGCUGCUUCCAGGGGGAGGUACGCAAGGAGUCGGGCUGGGUGGGCUUCCAAGGACAGGAGUACCCCAUGCAUCAGGAGCCGAGCUGCCUGUGCUUCCAAGGAGAGGAGCGCUCCUGAAGGUAUCAACAUGGAGGAACAUGGAUUUAGGUUUCAGUUCACUUUCCCUGAACCCGAUUAUGGGGAGUACGGCUCUGAUUUCGGUGAGGAAGAGGAGUGUUUACCGAGGCAGAGGAAACCUCCCGAAGUAAGGAAUGCACUCCGUGAGAAGAGAGUCGCGUUUAGGCAAAAGACUGGGCGGCACCAUGCAAAGGUAGCCCUGCGUAAGUACAACAGAGCAAACAACACCAAGUUUGAGCUGGUGGAGGUGCCAGUGAUCCGUGAGUUUUGGGAGUUUGGAGGGGGCUGCAUCCAUUACAACUUCACGGCUAAGCAAGCAGAGGAUCAUCGUCAUUCUGCUGAUGCAGACAACACCAAGCUCUUCUUCUCUGAGGUCAACUCUGCUUUCCAUGGCGACAAGGAUGUGGUCCUGUGCUGUAUCGUUGGAGAACAUGACAAUGGGCAUUGCUAUGGCUGUGAAGGCUUCAAGCCAACCGUUGUUCACCCUAGCAGCCAAGCGUAUGGCGGUGGCAGUAGUACUUGCAUUGAUUUUGCUGGUUCAGAUGGAAGCUCGGAGAGUGAUUAA